AUGGACUCUGAGUAUGAGAUAGGCCAUGUCCGCAAGCUCCAGGCUCAGCAUGCACACAUGCAGAAGAAGACCUUCACCAAAUGGAUCAAUAACAUCUUCCGACUAGGACGGGUGGGCAUCAGGAUCCAGAACCUGUACAAAGAGCUUGCUGACGGUGCCCACCUACUGCGGCUGUUAGAACUUAUCUCUGGGGAGGUCCUACCGGCUCCCAGUCCAGGCCGCCUGCGUGUGCACUUCCUGGAGAACAACAGCCAUGCCCUGGCCUUCCUCAGGGCCAAGGUGCCCAUACCCUUCAUUGGGCCAGAGAACAUUGUGGAUGGAGACCAGUCACUCAUCCUUGGACUCCUCUGGAUCAUCAUUCUGCGUUUCCAGAUUUCCCACAUCUCCUUGGACAGGGAGGAGUUUGGGGCCAGUGCAGCUUUGCUGUCUGCCAAGGAAGCCCUGCUGGUGUGGUGUCAGCGGAAGACAGCCAGCUACACCAAUGUGGACAUCACUGACUUCUCCCGAAGCUGGAGUGACGGGCUUGGCUUUAAUGCCCUGCUCCAUGCUCACAGGCCGGACCUGCUGGAUUAUGGCUCACUGAGUCUGGACCGCCCUCUAUACAACCUCUCCUUUGCCUUCCGUGUGGCUGAGCAGCAACUAGGUAUCGCACAGCUGCUGGACCCUGAGGAUGUGGCAGCCCUGCAUCCAGAUGAAUGCUCCAUCAUGACCUAUGUGUCUCAAUACUACCACUAUUUCUCCCGCCUGCAGCAGGGGCAGACAGCCCAGAGGCGGCUGGCUAAGAUCCUGCUGCAGCUGCAGGAGACGGAGGCACUGCAGGCUCAAUACGAGCAGCUGGUGGCUGACCUGCUCUGCUGGAUUGAGGAGAAGCAGAUGCAGCUGGAAGCUCGGGGCUUCCCAGACUCACUACCUGCUAUGCGCCAGCUACUGGCAGCCUUUGCCUCCUUCCGUAUGCAGGAAAAGCCACCUCGGUUGCAACAGCGAGGAGCCACAGAGGCCCUGCUCUUCCAGCUACAGACAACACUCCGAGCCCAAAACCGAAGGCCAUUCCUACCUCGAGAGGGCCUGGGUCCUGCAGAACUGGCUCAGCGCUGGGCAGAACUAGAGAGGGUAGAGGCCUCCAGGAGCCAGGCCAUGCAGCAAAGGCUGCUACAGCUGGAGCGACUGGACACUCUGGCCCGCCGCUUUCAAUCCAAGGCAUCCCACCGGGAAAGCUUUUUAAAUGAUGCAGAGCAGAUGUUAGACCAGGCCAGAGCCUCCCUCACUGACCCAGCCACAGUAGAGGCAGCCAUUCAGAGGCUGAGCAUGCUGGAGGCUGGCAUCCUGCCCCAGGAAGGGCGCUUCCAGGCCUUGGGCGAGAUGGCAGAUAUCCUCCAACAGGAAGAGUAUCACAGCUGGCCAGAUGUGGCCUGCAGGCAGAAGGAGAUCACUGGGCGCUGGCGGAGGCUCCUGCAGUGUUUACAGGAGGAGAGGAAGCACAUGGCAGGCACACGGGCUGUGCUGAUUCUGCUGCAGGAGGUGGAGACUGCCACCGACCAGCUUGGGGAGCUGCAGGUGUUGGCCAGCUCCACAGCCUGUGGGCAACAGCUGGCAGACAUAGUGUUGCUGCUGCAGAGCCAUGACCUGCUGGAGGCCCAGGUGUCAGCCCACAGGACCCAUGUGAAUCGUCUUGUCCACCAGACGGCAGAGCUGGGCUCCUCCCAGGCCCCCAGUGUGCAGAUGCUGCAGGCUAAAGCCCUAGCACUGGGAGAGCUCCACCACAGCCUGGUGUCUCUUGUCAGAGCCCGACGCACCCUGCUAGAGCAGACCCUCCAGCGGGCACAGCUCCUGCACAGCUGUGGGGAGGAGGAGGCCUGGUUGCAAGAGCACAGACAGCUAAUGGAGAAGGCAGCCCUGGGCCACGACCUCACUCAGAUCGCUACUGCUCUGCAGAAACACAAGGCUCUGGAAACCGAACUCCAUCGCCACCAGGCUGUGUGUGUAGAUCUCCUGCAGAGGGGACGCAACCUCAGUGUCAGAGAGCCCCUGGCACAGCCAGAUCUUCUGGAAAGGGCGGAAGCAGUUCAGCGAACAUGGCAGCUGCUCUGGAGUGGAGCCGCAAGGCGGCGCGCCCGGCUGCAAACAGCACUGCUAGUUGGGCAGUACUUUUCUGACUCGGCCGAGGCGGCGUCCUGGCUUCUCCAGCGGCAGAAACGACUGGAGAGCGCGUUCUGCGGGAAGGACCAGGCAGACGCCGAGGCCCUGUUGCAGCAACACCUGCGCCUGGAGCAAGGCGUGCGCGCCUUUGCAGCGGAACUGCAGGAGCUAGAGGAUCAGGCGCGGGCUGCCGCAGCCCUGGUGUCACUCAUGGUGCACACCGGGACAUGGAAAGAACCCAGACUCGUGCCUCCUACACCAAAUGAGGAACCUCCAGAAGAUCAGAAAAGGCUUGACAGAGACAGCAUUGGAGGACCCCAGGGUAAGACUCGAGUUUUAGCAGCACCAGGCAGCCAGUAUUCACAUCAACAGAUACCCUUCUUCUCCAAAGAGGGAGCUCUGAGCACCCAGAAGCUUAAAGAGUUGGGAGACAGGCAGAACAGGAUGGCCGUCAUCCACAGCACAGAGAAGAAACCGCAGGUGCUAUCUGCCCUGGGCUUUCUAGGAGAAGACCCAAGGACAGCUUUCCAGACUGUGUAUGACUUUCACCUCGACUCCAACACCAUACUCCAGACACAGGCUGACUUGAGGCAGAACUAUGAGACCCUGAGGGCCCUGGCAAAGCUUCACAGGGCCCGACUGGAGGAGACAGUCUCCCUGUUUAGCUUCUACAGCUCCUGUAGGGAGCUCCAGUCCUGGCUGGAGGAGCAGAUAGCCCUGUUCCAAACAUUGCAGCCCCAGGGUGACAACUUAGGGGUCACACAGCUCAAAUAUGAGAAUGUUCUCAUGACCUUGGCCACUGGAAAAGGCCACUGGGAAGAGGCUAUCAGCAUUGCUGAACAACUGAAGCAAAGAUGUCCAGGACACAUCUCAAAAAUCCAACAACAACAGGAGGACCUGAAGCAGAGGUGGCACCAGCUGGAGGCCCUGAAGGAGGAGAAACUCCUGCAGCUGACAUGUGGCAUGGAGGUGUGCAGUCUUUUACAGGAGUCUGAACCCACACAAGCCCAACUGCUAAGUGUGAUAAGCAGGCUGGAGGCUCUGGGAACAAGAAGGCCUGGGGACAGCCAUCGUACCCUGCAGCAGAUCCAGCAGAAGGUCCUGGUAUUGGAGAAGAAGAUCUCCUACCUCCAAAGAGCAACCAUAGAGGUGAUGGAGUCAGGCCCCACAGAGGGCUGGCUGCUUUGGGAACAGGUCCUGAUGUUGCAGUCACUGCUAAAGCAAGCACAAGGACGGAUGGCCCAGCAGGUCCAGGUCCAGACUGAGGCUCGGGCUCAGCAAGGCCUCCUCCAAGAGAGCCAGAAGCUGCUGCAGUGGGCAGAGAGCAUCCAGGCUCAACUGUGCAGCAAAGAGGAGCUGGAGGAUGUGGCCUCAGCCCAGCAGCUGAUGAGGAAGCAUGGAGUCCUACAGGAGGAGACCUGCCUGUGGAGAGAGAGGCUGCAGCAGCUGGAGGCUCAGGGUCAGCUGGUGGCAGUCUCAGACUCUCCACAGUCCCAAGAGGUGGCCAGUGCUCUAAGGCUCCUAGGCCAGCACAGCCAGCAGCUGAAGGCUCUGUGGGAGCAGAGACAGCAGAAGCUUUGGGAGGGGCUGGAGCUGCAGAGGUUUGGCCAAGAAAUGGAUGGUUUCAUAGCCACCUGUGCCAGCCAUGAGGCCUUACUGCAGCUGGACAAUCUUGGGGAGGACAUAAGGGAGGCCCAGCACUUGCUGCAACAGCACCAGGGGUUAGGGUGGCUCCGCAGCACCCUGGGAUCACGGGCAGAGACCCUGCGUGCACAUGGUGAGAAGCUCCUUCUGAGCCACCCUGCUGCCGUGCACAAGAUCAGAAAGCUGCUGCACAGUGCCCAGGCACAGUGGACCAGGGUCCAAGAGAGGAGUGACCAGAGAAGGGGACAGCUGCUGGCUUCCCUCCAGUUGCAGGAAUGGAAGCAGGCUGCAGAUGGUCUAAUGCAGUGGAUGGAGGAGAAGUGGCCCAGGGUGGCAGAUGAACGUUCCCAAGCAUGCAGCAACAUUCUGCAGAAACUCAAGUGGCACAAAAUAAUUAAGAGUGAGCUAUUAGCCUCCUAUAGGUACAUGGAGGACCUACAGCAGGCUGGGAAAGAAAUGUUGCAUAGCAACCCAUAUGCACAGGAGGACAUACAGGACAGACUUCAAAGCCUUAAACACAAGUGGGAAGAGUUGAACCACAAGAUGGCAGAUCAAGGGGAUAGGCUGCCGAAGACCAGACAGCAGAGCCAGCUCCUAGAACUACUACAGGAUGUCAGGGAGACAAUGGAGCAUCUGGAGGGAGCCCUGCAGAGCACAGAAACUGGGCAGGACUUGUGCUCCAGCCGGAGGCUGCAGAGACAGCAUUACCAACUAGAGGACAAGAGCCAGGCGCUGGCCAGCAAGAUGGCUGCCCUCAUCUCUCAGACCCACAAUGCAUUCACUUCCUUAACCAUCCUGGAGGAGAGCCAGAAGUGUCACCAGAGGUUCAAAUCCCUGCAGAGCAAGCUGGCCACCCGACAGCAGCAGCUGCAGGCCUCAGUCGAGCUGUAUGAAUUUAACCUCCUUAGCAACCUGGAGCUCACGUGGGUGGCUGAGCACAUGCUCAGUGCCGGUCCUGUCAGCCCUGCCCAGUGCUGGCAUGAUGCCCAGAGCCUUCAAAGAAAGCACAAGGUGCUCCAGGCUGAGGUGAAAGGUCAUGUAGGACACAUGCACAGGGUACUAAGUUCUGGCCAGAGUCUAGCAGCCUCUGGACACCCUCGAGCUCAGCAUAUCAUGGAGCAGUGCCAGAAGCUAGAAGUCCACUGGGCAGAACUGGAGCAGGCGUGUGAGGGACAUGCCCAUUGCCUGCAGCAGGCUAUCACUGUCCAGCAGUACUUCCUGAAUGUGUCAGAGAUGGAGGCCUGGGUGGAGGAAAAGUGGCCUCUGGUGAGCAGUCAGGACUAUGGCAGCAACGAGGAAGCCACCUUUGGGCUCACCAGGAAACACCAGAUGCUGCAGCAGGAGAUAGCUCUUUAUUGGAGUUCCAUGGAGGAUCUCGAGCAGAGGCCCCAGGUCCUUGCUGGACUUGAGGCUUCUGAGCGGCUGGGUGUGGUACGGGAGAAGCUGCAGGCACUACAGAAGCUGGCAGCUGAACGGGGGCAGGAGCUGGAGGGGACCCUGAGACUACAUGAAUUCAUGAGAGAAGCUGAGGACCUGCAGAGCUGGCUGGCCAGCAGGAAGCAGGUGGCCAGAGGAGGGGACAGCUUUGGAGAGGACCAUGAGCAUGUGCUGCAACUCUGCACUGAGUUUACCAAGUUUCAGUACCAGGUUGAAACUGGUGCCCAGCGAGUAGAAACCUGCCAACAGCUGGCAGAAAGCCUACUAGAGUAUGGGCACAACACUGCCCUCAAAGCUCACCAGAGGCAGCAGGAUCUACAGGCUGCCUGGUCUGAACUGUGGCAGUUGACCCAGGCCCAAGGCCGCCUGCUCAGUGACGCCGAAACCACCCUCAGAGUCCACAGAGACCUUCUAGAAGUCCUUACCCAGAUUCAGGAGAAAGCCACAAGCCUCUCGAACGAUGUGGCCCAGGAUCUACAUGGGGUGGAGAACCAGCUCCAGAGACAUGAAGGACUGGAACGUGAGCUGGCAGGCAUGGAGCAGCAGCUGCAGGAACUGCUGAAGGCUGCAGGCAGGCUGCAGAGGCUGUGUCCUCAGGCCUUCACUGCUGUCCAGCAGAAGCAGCAAGCUGUGACCCAAGCCUGGGAGGCCCUCCAGCUGCGCAUGGAACAGCGCAAGGCUCUGUUGGAACAAGCGUAUCUCCUGGUCCGAUUCCACACAGCGGCGAGGGACUACACCUCCUGGGUGGCCAGCGUGCAUCAGGAGCUGCAGAUGGAGGAGGGCUCCUGGGAUCCCAGCAGCAUUUUGCUCAGGCUCAGAGCCCACCAAUGGCUGUGGACAGAACUGGAAGCCAGGGAGGAGCUGCAGCAGCGGGCCACUAAGAUGGGCCAAGCACUGCUGGCGGCAGGGACAACCGCUAAGGUCCAGGAUGGGCUUCAAACCCUACAGAAGGAACGUGACCAAGUGUUCCAGGCCUGGGCACUCAAGCAAGAGAGGCUGCAGGCCGUGCUUCAAGAACAGUGCCUCCUCAGACAGUGUGAGCACCUGGCGAAGCUCCUCACAGCCCAGGAGGCAUUCCUAAAAGCCAGCAGCCUGGGAAGCUCAGUGGAAGAGGUGGAGCAGUUGAUCCGAAAGCAUGCGAUAUUCCAGAGAGUGCUAGCUCUCCAGGACAAGAAGGAGGCAGCUCUGCGUGAGCAGUUGAAAAUGAUUCUAAGCCCUAAAGGGCAGAACCUGGUUUACCACGUGUUGGAGCACCGGGCUCAAGUGAAGGAACUGGCAGAGAGCCGGGGACAGGCCCUGCACACCUCCUUGAUGAUAAGCAACUUUACCAGGGCAACAACCCAGGUUGAGGACUGGAUCCAGGAGCGGGUCCAGCAACUGAGAGCCUGGAGCCCUUUUGGGAACUUAAAAGAUUAUCUGAAGCACCUGAGGAAACUCCAGGCCUUUAGGGCUGAGGUCCACGCUCAUGAACAGAUCGUGACCUCUGUUGCCAAGCAAGGUGAAGGGCUCCUCAGUCAGAGCCUCCCUCAGGCUGCAGAGGUCUCCCGGAGGCUGGAGGCCAUGUGGGACCUCUGGGAGAAGCUGAGGCAGGCAGUGACUCUGCAGGGCCAGACCCUGGAAGACAGAUACAACUUCCUGGAGUUCCUCCAGAGAGUGGAGCUUGCAGAGGCCUGGAUCCAGGAGAAGGAGAGGAUGGUGAACAGCUGUGACAUCGGCCUGAACCUUGAGCACUGCCUGCAGCUCUGCAGGCAGGUUCGAAAGUUACAGGUAAGAGACUCUGGAGUCACAGUGACUGAUGCCCACAUCAGGAGAAUCAAAAACUUGUCACUGCAGCUCAAGAACCAGGGCCCUGAGGAAUCUGAGAUCAUCCGCCAGCGGCAAAACCAGCUCAACAAUAGGUGGAAGACUUUCCAUGGAAACCUACUCCUGUAUCAGCAGCAGCUUGAAGCAGCCCUGGAGAUACAUAGAUUUUCCAGUGAACUGGAUGACAUCAUUGAGCAGAUCAGGGAGAAGGAAUCGCUGAUCCCGGCCCUGGAGGGCACUGAAGAUUUGGAGAACGUACAGAGGCUGUCAUGGAGACAGAAAAUGGUGCAGCAGGAGAUGGACCUCAUCCAGACCCAGGUGGAGUCUCUUGGAGGUAGGGUAGGCCAGCUCUGCGAGGAAAGUCCCGAAGUUGCACACAGCCUCAGACAUAAGCAACAGGAAAUGAUGGACAGCUGGUGGAAGGUCUGGAGCAAGACCCAAAACAGGAAGGAGUUGCUGGAUGUGGGCCAUGAAGUUGAAAAGCUCCAGACUCGGCUACAGGAUCUGCAGGACUGGGCCCAGGAACUACAGGCUGAGAUGGCCAUACAGGCCAUCCCCUGCAGCCCUGUGAGAAUCCUGUACAUGUUGGAAGAGAACCAGGCAUACAAGGUUGAGCUGGACAUCCGAACAGACAGCCUUGACCUGGUCCGAAGCAUGGGGCAGCGGCUGCUUGCAUCUGGAUACCCACUGGCCUCUGGGAUUCGCCAGCCCCUGGCCACUGUAGAGCAGGAGUUGAGUAGCUUGCAGGAAUCAUGGCAGAGGCGGCAGCAGCAGCUACAGCAGGCCUUGGAGCAGCAGCUGUUUCUGAGCUCUGUGGAAAAGGCGGAAUGCUGGCUUGACAGUGAAGAUGCCGCCCUGGCUAGUGAGGGAGUGGCGGACCCCUUGGUCACUGUGGAGACUCUUCUGUCAAAGCACAAGAGGCGUGAGCAGGGCCUGAAGGCACAGGCUGAAAAGAUCAGUGCACUGGAGGCCACAGCCCACAGCCUGCACCAGGGUGGAUACUCUGCGGCCCAUAGCAUCCUGGACAGAUGCCAGGCCCUACUCCUGAGGACAGAGGCACUCACAGAGCAAGCGAGGGCCUGGGGAUGCCAGCUGGAGGAGCUGCAGAAGCUUCGGAAAUUUUUGCAGGAUUCCAAUGAGGUAGCUACAUGGCUGAGGGAGAAGAACCUGGGGGCCCUGGAUGAGGGUCAGCAAGACCCAACCACGAUGCAAGCACAGCUGCAGAAGCAGCAGAAUUUCCAGGCUGAGCUGGAUGCCAGUGUUCACCAGCAGCAGGAGCUCCAGAUGGAGGGACAGAAGCUGCUACACGGGGGCCACCCAGCCUCAGAGACCAUUCAGGGGCAACUGGAAGAAUUAGGAGGCCUCUGGACUGAGCUGCAGAUCAACUGCCAGAGGAAGAUGGCCAGACUACAGGGGGCCCUCAAGGUCCUGCAUCUGCAGAGGGUGCUGAAGGAACUAGAGAACUGGCUGGAGCCUGUGGAAGCAGAGAUUAGAGUCUCUGUCAGAAGCCAGGACCUGCCUAGAGUGGGCGAGCUCCUAGGGUCCCAGGAGGAGCUAGAAGCAGCUGUGGAUAGGCAGGCCAGGCAGGUGCAGGAGUUGCAGGGCCAGGCCCAAGCCUGCUUUCAGGAAGGUCACUGCCUCGCCAAAGAUGUGGAAGAGCAAGCCCAGCAGCUGCUUCACAGAUUUCAGGGCCUUCGGGAGUCCCUACAAGAGCACAGGGCAUCCCUGGAAGCCCAAAGGCUCCUCUUACAGUUCUUCAGGGAUGCUGAUGAGGAAAUGGCCUGGGUUCAGGAGAAGCUGCCCUCUGCCACAGCCCAGGACUAUGGUCAGAGCCUGGGCACUGUGCGCCACCUGCAGGAGAAGCACCAGAAUUUAGAGAAUGAGAUCAGUAGCCACAAGGCUCUGAGCCAGGCAGUGACAGGUACAGGGCACAAGCUUGUACAGGCGGGACACUUUGCCGCUGAAGAAGUGGCCGCCCGGGUGCAGCAGCUGGAGGUGGCUCUAAACCACCUAGAGACAGAGGCAGCGCGAAGGAAGAGGAUGCUACAGCAGGCCCUGGAGAUCCAGCAGGCUUUGGUGGAGCUCCUGGAAGCGGGAUCCUGGUUAGCUGAACAGGGCCAUAUUCUGGACAGUGAGGACCUGGGUCAGGAUGCUGAGGCCACACAGGCUCUUCUGCGGCGUCUGGAGGCCACCACACGAGACUUGGAGGGGUUCAGCAGACACAUUGAGCAGUUACAGCAAACAGUGGUCCUUCUGGAGAGUGGGCAGAACCCAGGCAGUCCUAGGGUGCUGGCCCAGCUGCAGGCUGUGAGAGAGGCCCAUGCACAGCUGCUGCAGAGAGCAGAGAACAGGGGGCAAGCACUGCAUGAGCAGCUGCACCUAUACCAGCUGGAGCAAGAGGCCUUGCUCCUGGAUGCCUGGCUGACCACCAAGCUGGCCGUCGCUGAGUCCCAGGACUAUGGACAGGAUCUAGAAGGCAUCAAGGUGCUGGAAGACAUGUUUGGUGCUUUCAGCAGAGAAGUUCAGAGCCUGGGCCAGGCCAAGAUGCAGACCCUGAGGGAGCUGAUGGCUUCCCUAGAAAGAGGAGCACCCAGGUUCUACCCUCAGAUUCAAGCUCAGAAGUGUCGCGUCCAGACCACUUGGGAGAGGCUGAACAAGGCAAUCAAAGUCCGUACAGAGAACCUGGCAGCAGCCCGUGAUCUCCGGAGCUUUGAGCAGGCUGCCUCAGAGCUCCAGGGGUGGGUGCAGGAGAAGACUACCCUGCUGGAGGAAAAAUUCCGAGAUCACAGCCUGUUGCCUGCACAGCCCCAACUGCAGCAGGAGCAGCAGGAGCAGCAGCAUAGGUGCCUGCAGAGAGAACUGCAGGCUAUUGAAAAAGAGGUGUCAAGAGUACAGAUGGAGGCCCAUCGGCUUGGCCAGCACUACCCUGUGGCUCAGGGGAGCCUUGGUGAGUGGCUCACCAAGGUGCAGGGGGCCUGGGCCAACCUGGAGGCUAAAGUCCAGGAAUGGAGCCAGAAGCUGCUGCAGACUACCCAGGGCCACACCUUUCUUUGGAGCUGCCGAGAAUUGCUAGCGUGGGCUCAGGAGAAGCAGGAGCUGCUUUCCUCGGAGAAGCAGGCUGGGGAUGUGGUGGGGGCCAAGCAGUUCCUUGAACAGCAUGAGGAGCUGAAGCAAGAAAUCCAGGAAUGCUGCCUUCAAGCCCAGAACACGCGGCAGGAAGGGCAGCAGCUGCUGGACAAUGGCCACUUCAUGUCCCUGGAGGUGGCAGAGUGUAUGCAGGAGCUGGAAAGACAUCUGCAGGAGCUUCAGGUAGCCUGGGCCCUGCGUGGACAACGCUUGGAGCAGAGCCGGAGCCUGCAACAGUUGUGGCAGAAGCUGGAGCUGGCUGAGACCUGGCUGGCCUCCAGGGAGUGCCUGCUGCUGGACCCCAGCUGUGGGCACUCAGUGUUGGAAGUGGAACGGCUGCUCUACAGACACGAGGGCCUGGAAAAACUACUGGCAGCCCAUGAGGAGAAGUUCAUCCAGCUUCAGACGAUGACAGAGGAGGCAAAGGGUGCUCAUAUUGUGGAGGUGUCUGUGGAACUUGACCAGCAGCCUCCCACAGAAGGGAGGCAGCCCAGUACCAGCUUCUGGACCAGCAGCCAUGGGAUCUUGAAGCAUCUCAAGGGAAAAAAGAUAGCUCCCACAGGGAAAAGCUGGGGCACCCUGUGA